CAAUAGAAAAACAAAAAUGUUUCAAUAAAAACAUGACGAUAUACCUAACUAUUUAUCUCUUCGGUCUACUGAGUCCACUAACCACUAAAGGAUUAACGACAAAAAAUGAUACAAUAUGUAUUGACUGUUCAAAGGAAGACAUGGUAGCUUGUGAAAUUGAUCGAAUCGGAUUUGAUUGUUUUGACCCGACUGGCGAAGAUUGGUCCGAAAGGGACGAAGGUGUCCUCCAUUGGGAGGGUUCAAGUACCACAGAUCUGGAAAAAUGCAUUCCAAGAAAUUUAAAGAUUGAGUGCAUGGAAGAAAAAAAAUUCAAAAAAGUCGUCGUUUGGUCUCCUAAAUUGGGUUGUCAAGUUGUACAAAAAUCGUCCGAAAGUAAAAGGAAUGCAUGUUUCAGUGCCACUCUAAAUUGCCCGUGCAUCAAGGACAGAAAAGAAUCUGGAACGGUCUGUCUGUACACCAGAAGCUGGAUCGUGCCGUGCGCCUUAUAUGUAUUACAACUGUUGAUUUGUUUGUUUACGGUACAGUAAAACAAACCAUUAAUAUUUUACGAUCUAGGUAACCCUUUAAAUUAUAGUCGAAUAUGUAUAUUAUUUGACAUGUUUUUAGUUAUUAAAUAGAAAAUACAAAAAAAAAUUAUUUUGAAAGCAUGUUAAAGUUAUGUUUUACUUUAAUACUCCUUUCAAGUCCAAUAGCCACGUUUGCUUUAACAUAUAAUAGCACAAUGUGUAUUGACUGCACGAAGGAGAAUAAAGAUAAGUGCGAAAUUUCAGAAACCGGAUAUGAGUGCUUUGACCGGACAAGUCGAAUUUACGAUGAGGAUAUUGAUCCAUACUUUGGCUUGAAUCGAAAUCCUCCGAGUAACAACGAUUUAGAUGUUUGCAUUCCGCAGGCCUUGGAGAUUCAGUGCAUUAAGAACGAAAAUUUUAAAUAUGCCGUCGUUUGGUCACCGGAACUCGGAUGCCAACUGGUACAAAGGGACUACGACGAAAAGGUGAUUUGCUUUACUGCGAGACAAACUUGUCCAUGCGUUGAAAAUGGAUCCGGAAAGAUGUACAUGAACAGUUUGACCGUGAUUACUAGCAGAUACUUGGUGCCUCUUAUUACGGGUUUUAAAUUACUAAAUUUAAGUUGCUAAGUUUUUAAUCCACUUUUACAAUUUGGCUUAUUUUUACGUCCCUUAAAAAAUAAUUUCAAAUUUUAACAUUCAACUCGAGUGGGCCCUUUGCAUUCUAGAAGAAUAUCAGAACAAGGAAUAUCAGAUUCUUACGAAUACACAU